GAACGAACGAACGAACGAAAAACAUAAAAAUUGUGUAUUGUACGGCUCGGUAUCGGCCUCUGUAGCCAUUGCAGCUUCAUCGUAGCUGCUCUCUCUCUCGCCAAUACAAUUUUCAUUUUGCCCGCUUCUCGGCAAUAUGUACACAAAAGCCAUGUAGUGUUCUUUUUUUUCUCUCAUUUAACUCGGUUUAAAGCCAAUAAAUGAUUUAGCGUCAAAGUCAAUAGACAGAAAUGUGAAGGCACAAACGGCAGCAGCAACAACGACAACGACAACGACGACGGCCCAUAGCACAACAACACACAUUCUUCCUUUAAUUUUUCAUUUCGUUUCGAUUCUGUGCUGUUCCUUGCAUAUAUUUUUGUUCUUUCGCCAAAACAACAACACACAACACCAACAAAAAAUAUAACAAAACAAUUAUUUAUGUCUCGGCCGCUAUUCAGUUCGCAGUGAGUGCUUGACGAAGCCACAAUUAUGAACGUAAAUUGAAUUGUGAUAACGCCGAACAAUACAAAACGUCUUGCUUUUCUUUUCUGUUUUUUAUUUUAUUUUUGGUCAUGAUCAUAGUUUAGUUUUUAUUUUCGUUGUGUCUUAUUAUUGUCGUUCGAACGGAGUAUCUUGCCUAAAUGCUUGUCCCAACUUUUUUCAUCGAUCAAGAUGAUUCGGUUUGUUGCCGCAUGCGAAUAUUGAUUCAACCCGACCGAAUUUUAUCCAUACACACAGUGAGAGUGUCCAUAUAAAAAGGAGUGCAAUCAUUCACUUUGUCCAUGUUUGUCAUGUGUUUUGUUUUUUUCUGAUGUGAUUUGAAUCGACAUUUGAUACGAACCGAACCGUUUAUGCAUGCCUGUGCCAAAUCGAAACCAAACGUUGCACGAAUGUAUUACGAUGAUGAUUGCGCGGCGCAAAAAAAAAACAUGGAUAAAAAUUGACAUAAAUAAACAUUAAAAUUGCAGCAAAUAAAUCGACUUGCCAUCGCUGAGCGGCCGAAAACAAUUCUAUUACCAAGUCAGAAUCGAUACGCCGCAAGUGUAACGUAAGAACGGCGCAACAGCAGCAGUAGCAGAGAAAAAUAAACAAAUAAAAUCUAUUUUUGUUGCGGAGAGUGCGCGCACGAUGACAGGAAAAGCGGGCUGGAGGUCAAUAAAUGCGGAAAAAGCGGUUUUCCGUUCAAUGGAUUAAGAUCAUUGACCCACAACCACAGUGUGACCGCUUGAAUGAUAACAAACGGUGGCGCGUGUCAAGCAUAGCAAAAUAAAAUCAAUUCAUUUUCAAAUACUGCUUCAUACCAACCAAACAGUCAAAACAGAAUAUAUCCCAUCAACUGAAGCAGCUCAACUGUGGCCAUAACCUAUCCCAACUGAAUUACGUUACCUGAAAUUUUAUGCGUGCAUGUUUACACUGGGACCAAUUUAUACUGGCCAAUCCAUCUUGAAGUGGACGAGAAAAAAUUAAGUGGCAAACCAAUUGAAAGUGGCUCUUCGCGAUUUUUGAUUUGAUGUACUCCCCCUACCCUGCCGUCCUCAAUUUGAUCGCAGUCGGUCUCGGUGUCGAAUUUUUGUUUGCCCUUUUCACUAACCGGCUGAAACAGUGUGUGGUUGUGGAAACAUGGCUAGAGAGUGCCUAAUGUAGAACGAACGUGUCAAUACUUUUAUUUUGUGAAUCGCGCGCACGUGAUUCAAUAUACACGUUUGCACACUCAAGUGGAACUUUAUGAAGUGUAAAUGAUUAUGAGCUUUCCGGUAAAAGUAAUAAAGAGAAAUAAUUCAUCCGACGACAGCGUACGACACCAUUUUGCAUCAUAUUCAUAGAUUGCGCAUCAAAAAAGCAAACACAUUUGCUUGAUAAAUUUUUUUUUGUCAUCGUUUAAUUGCUUUCCUUUCCGAAGUGAACUGUAUAACAAUUGGAUCGGGAUAAUAAUAAGACAAUAAAUAGGAAAAAAGAAUGGCUUACGGUGGCAGCAAACCCGACAUCCACACGCGGAAAUUGUCAUUCCUUGGCUUUGGGACUGACGGCAAUGGAGGACCUGACGAGGUACAGUUGGAUGCUGAAAUGGAAAAAGUCUUUGCCGGACCGGGUAAUCGAGCUGGAGCUGGAGCCGGAGACCAGCGACCGGAGAAAUUCAAUGUGGCACAGCUCAUCGGCGAUGCUGAGGCUAAAGACCGCGAUGCACAACGAUUCAAGGAUUAUGACAGUGAUUCUCAUCGCAGUCAAUCGUUUCCACACACUGCACGCAAACCACUUCUCAGCUCAAUGAAACGAAAAGAUUCGAAAGAAUCGUCCACGACAUCACAGUCAUUUGAUACAACCAGUCCGGCAUCAACGGUGACGGGCACACCCGUAACAUCACCGCAGAAGAGUUUAUCGAUUCGAGAGGAGAGCAAUGAAGAAGCAAUGCUAUCGGAACGAGCUGGUCACACUGAACCACAUUCGGAUUCGAGUGACACCGAAGAGCGUCGUGUACAAUUCAAUCGAGCCAAAUUUCAACUCGGUAGCGCCGGCGAAAAUAUCAUCGAAGAAAUGGAAAUCGCUGACGAUGGCACCGAUGAAAAAGAGAAGAAAAAACACAAAGGUCGUCACCAGCACUACAAACGGCGUAAAUCAUCGAUGUCCGAUCACCAUCAUCACCAUCAUCGUCGUCCGACAAAUGAAUUUAGCCCAGACGGCCGGAUAUCGGUGCAACCCGAAGACGUUCUACUUAAGGAAUCUCACAUGGAUGACUUGAUUUCACAUCGUUCGGAUGAUCCACGAGCGUUGCGCCGACAUCGAAUCCAGCCUAGUGAAAAAUUGCAGCGAACGCAACCACUAAUAUCGCCAAAAAAGCAAUUCGAUCAUAGUCCACAUGAGAUAUUUGUGCAGCUCGAUGAGUUGCAAGGCAUGGAUGAAUGGAAGGAAACGGCCCGUUGGAUCAAGUAUGAAGAAGACGUUGAAGAAGGUGCCGAUCGAUGGGGUCGGCCACACGUCGCCCCAUUGUCGUUCCACAGCUUGCUGAAUUUACGUUUGUUCCUCGAACAGGGGGUCGUUUUGCUCGAUUUGGAGGAGCGUGACUUUCCGGGUGUUGCAUACAAAGUCAUUGAAAUGAUGGAUAGCAAAGAGCUUAUUCAUCACGAUGACAAACCGAAGUUGUUGCGAGCACUUUUGUUGCGACAUCGUCACGUUAACGAGAAUGCUAGUGGCUUUCCAUUUGGCGCCCGACGAAAGUUCAGCAGCUACACAAGUUUACAGCAUUUGUGGGACGAUGAGAUACGUAAUAAAGCAAACGGCGGUUUGAAUACUUACGGUAGCACAAUUUUUAAUCAUAUUCACAACAACAAUAUUCAUGGAAUCAACGGACUUGGUGAUGGCGCUUGUAUCAAUAACAAUCAUAACAAUCACAUGAAUCAAUGCAAUGGAUCCGAUAAAUUGCCACCCGACCUGUUUGCCAUUUCGUUUAGCGAACGAAUGCGACGCCAUUCGACAAUGUCGCAUAAAAUUAAUUUGUCAAGCGAUUCAAAGCCGAAAAUUGUACCAGCCUGCGAUAUAAAUGGACAUGCGGGCAGUCAUUCGACCGGCGAUGCACGGAUUGAUUUGCGUGAAGAAACGUAUUCAUCGUCUCAGGAGGAUUUGAAACGAUUGCAAAAUGAUUCGAUUUUGAAGCGAAUCCCGUCGGGAGCUGAAGCCACAACGGUUUUGGUCGGUUCGGUUGAUUUUCUAGGUCAACCCACUGGUGCAUUUGUUCGUUUGGCUGAAGCAAUUCAUAUUCCCGGAAUAACGGAGAUCCCCAUUCCGGUGCGUUUCAUUUUCAUUUUAAUGGGACCGAAGCUCAUUGACAUCGAUUAUCACGAGGUGGGUCGUUCAAUUGCUACGCUCAUGUCAAACGAUAGUUUUCAUAAGAUUGCCUACAAAGCCGACGAUCGUCAAGAGUUGUUGUCUGCAAUUAACGAAUUUUUAGACGAUUCAAUCGUAUUGCCGCCGGGCAAUUGGACAAAUGAAAAUCUGCUGCCGUUUGAAGAGUUGAAAGCGAAAAGUGAAUGGAUUCGAUCGCGCAAAGCAAAAGCGUUGCAAUUGCGAAAAAAAGAGAAAAGCACCACAACAUCGGAUGACGAAAAGAAAUUGCUAGCCGCACAAGAGGAAUCAAGUGACGUGACCAGUGGACGUGCACGUAAAAAACGAAAUCCACUCGAACGAACGAAUCGUCCAUGGGGUGGAUUAAUAAACGAUAUCAAACGUCGAUAUCCGAUGUUCAAAAGUGAUAUUGUCGAUGGUUUGAAUUCCGAAACAUUGGCCGCCACCAUUUUCAUGUAUUUUGCUGCAUUGUCCACAGCCAUCACGUUCGGUGGCUUGUGCUCGGAAAAAACGAAAAAUUUAAUUGGAAUUCCGGAAACAUUAUUGGCCGCCUCGGUUGUCGGCAUGGUUUUUCAUUUACUUUCCGGCCAGCCGUUGACCAUCAUUGGAACGACGGGUCCAUUGGUUCUAUUUGACGAAGCACUCUAUAAAUUUUGCCUAAACAACGAUAUACCAUUCCUAACGGUUCGGCUGUAUAUAAGCCUCUGGAUGGGUAUCAUAGCCCUUGUUGUAUCAGCAUUCGAAGGCAGCGUUAAUGUUCGACUCUUCACACGUUUCACACAAGAAAUCUUUUCCGCUCUAAUCACACUGAUCUACAUCGUGGAAGCAAUAAUGAAGAUAUUCAUUUCGUAUCAACGGCAUCCAUUGCUCAAGGAGUACAUCUACGCCGAUUGGUUCCAAGUGAAUAAAACUGGGUCGGAUAUAAAUUCAACCAUUGUCGACACUAAUUUUACCACCAAUGCCAUAUCGAUAAUGCAAAAUGUAACCGCUACAAUAGCGCUACCAUCGGAUGUUGUAUUUCUAGCAUCAAAAGAUAAGGAUAUUCAAAUAAAUCAACCAAACACAGCAUUGUUCUGUACAUUCCUUACGCUUGGAACGUUUACACUCGCCUAUUUCCUGCGAAUUUUCCGCAAUUCGCACUUCCUUGGCCGAACGGCGCGUCGGGCACUCGGUGACUUUGGCGUUCCAAUUGCAAUUGCUGUAUUUGUGCUGAUCGAUUAUUUUGUGCCAUCGGUAUUCACGGAGAAAUUGCGUGUGCCCGAAGGUUUGGAACCAAGUGAUACCAGCAAACGUGGUUGGCUCAUACCAAUAACUCCCGACAAUAUUCCCGUCUGGUUGCCAUUUGCUGCCGGAAUACCCGCCAUAUUAGUCUACAUUUUAGUAUUCAUGGAGACACACAUUUCCGAAUUGAUAGUCGAUAAGCCGGAGCGAGGUUUGAAGAAAGGCAGCGGCCUUCAUUUGGACAUUGUGCUGCUGAGCUUUUUGAAUAUGGUGUGCGGUUUCUUUGGAAUGCCAUGGCAUUGUGCGGCAACGGUUCGUUCGGUCACCCAUGUAUCAGCCGUAACUAUAAUGUCAAGAACACACGCUCCUGGUGACAAACCACAUAUCACUGACGUUAAAGAGCAACGUUUAUCAGGCUUAUGCGUAUCGAUGAUGGUCGGCCUAUCGGUUACAGCCGCACCACUGCUCCGACUGAUUCCGAUGUCCGUUUUGUUUGGUGUUUUCCUGUACAUGGGUGUCGCAUCAAUGACCGGCGUUCAAUUCUUUGAACGAUUAUCCUUGUUAUUCAUGCCAGUGAAAUAUCACCCCAGCGAAGCUUAUGUUCGACGUGUACACGCCUGGAAGAUGCACGUGUAUACAUUGGUACAAGUGUUUGCAUUGGUACUUUUAUGGGUGGUAAAAUCAUCGCAAUUCUCAUUGGCCUUCCCAUUCUUCUUAAUAAUGAUGGUUCCACUGCGUCAACGUUUAUCCAUGUUCUUCAAUUCACGUGAAAUAAAUGCGUUGGAUGGUAAAAAUCCAUCGGUAGAUCCAAGUGACGAGCCUGACUUCUAUGAGCAAGCGAUAUUUCCUGCUUAGACGUUAUCCAAUUAAGACGAUUGCACAGCAACAGAAUCAACCAGCGCGUAUUUUAUUUUUCGUCAAAUCGGUGCCAAAUGCUCAUGAAAUGAGCGCUAAAUUUUAUUUUCCCGUAAACAUUUCUUUUGUUUUUAGCUUGACAAUGAAAAUAAUGCAAUUGUUCUGCAUUUAACCAAGAAACAUACACACGAUUUAUAAGAGUGUACGCGUCUGGCAUCAAUGCUGUUAUUAUUUUUUUUUGUUUAAGUUAUGUUUGUAGGCCAUUGUUCAGCGAUGGAUAAUGUGUAGAGAGAAAAAAAUGGACAAUAGAGAGACACAAGCAACACAGUCUAGAUGCAAUCAAAACUGUAAAAAUUAUUUCCUUUUCCAUGUAUGUUAGAAAGAAGACACAAAAAUAACAAAUCCAAUUAGAAUUUUGCUUAGACAACAAUUUUAACAAUUGCCAAAUAAUCAAAUUUAAGUUAAUUAAUUUCGAAUUUCGAAAAUGGUGGGAAAAUUGCCGAAAAUCAAACGAAUUGCGCAUAAUGCAGCAACAAUUUUUAUUCCGCCAAUCCCUCUAUUCAAUCACACUAUUCAUGAAAAACUGUAGAUAGAAUGUGAAACUAAAACUUUAUUUCUAAACUAAUUACAGACAACAAAAUAUAGUAUUAACAAAUGUUGUAGAGACCUAUGAAAGAAACUAGAUAAUUAUUAGUGAAAAAGAGGCUUAUUUAAGAUAACUACUAUAUGAAUAAAGAAAAAAAAAAUGAACAGAGAUAUAUUUUAAUGACCAAAAACAAAUGAGUGCACAUUGUCAUGUACUUGUUAUUAUCUUUUUUUUUAAUUUACAAAAAUCUUGUAUGAACACUGUAUCGGUCAAAAAUCAUUUAAUAAUAUUUUAUUUUAACUUUUCUUAUUAUCUGAUACAAAAUAUUUUGUAUCAGAAUAAGGAAAGUACAAAUAAAAUAUCAUUAAACGAUUUUUUUAAGUGUUAAAAAUCAACAGGAAAAAUUUAAUUGUUUGUUUCUCGAUCAAAUUAAAAAAACAACAAAAAACACUGCAACAAAAAAUCAAUCACAUAUUUUUGGACACAUACGUUUUCACAUAUUUUCGAAUCAAAGCCGAAUGAUGUUGUAUCGAAUGGUUUUUAUGAGGGAACAUUUAAUAAGAAGAAAAACAAAAUAUAGAUAGAUAUUUUCAAGGUGUAAGACGAUACUGAAUGGAUUGAUAUAUGAACGAUGAUAUGCUUUCGUUGAUUUUGUUGACCAAAUUCGUUUUAAUCCGAACGGAAAUGUUGUGAAACGACAGAAAAUAGUUCCUUUUUAUUUGGUCGUCUAGUUGACUGAACUUGUUUCAGGAGCCUCUCGACCUUGCUAUUUUAUUAGAAACAAAAAAAAUGCUAGUUUACUAUACAGAACUUUCAACAACAAUGAAUGUACCUAAUAAGUUUUAAGCAAAUCCUAUAUAUUUUCAAUAAACUAGAGAGAAGAAAUUUCAAUGGCAAAUUAAACCACACACACACAUACAUAAAUUGAAUUCAGUAUUAAUACGGGAAUAUCUCGAAACAAACUCUAACUCAAUAGAACUGUUUAAAUGAAGAAGAAAGUAAACGAUUAAAGGACAAACACUUACUGAAGGCAUAGAGAAGCAUAUAUGUGAAAUAGUUAGAUGUAGAUGAAAAAAAAACAAUCGAAUUCCUUUUUUGCUCUGUCCAAAAUGAACCAAUGAACCAGUGAGAUAAAUCAGUUACAAUGUAAUUAAACUACAACCCGUGUGAAAAAAAAAUUAAUUUGUGUGUCUUCAUUGUCGAAAAUGAUAAUGAACGAUGAUCAAAUUAGCACCAAUCUAUUUUUUGACAAAUCACACAAUUUACAUCGAUAAUAAACAAAGGAAACAACAGACAAAAUAGAAAUGUAUAAAAAAAAUAGCAACAUGUAUAUAAAGAAAAUAAUCAAAAACUGUGACAACUUAUUACCGAAACUGUAUUUUGAUGGUAUAUGUACAUAGAAAAUGAUGGUUCGAUGGCCUUUGCAAUUGCAUUUCCAUCGAAGAUUGUUAUGUGAACAAAUGAAGAAGAAAAAAAAACGUUUUUGUAAAAAUUUAUUUUAUAGAGACAAUUCGAUUGGACUGAGCUUUACUUGUGCUGUGCACCGCAUACCAUACCGCUCAAACAUUCUUUAACCACAAGAAGCGUCACAAUGUUUUCACUUUGCAAUUGGCCAAAUUGCAAUUUGAUUUUGUUUGUAUUUGUGGCUGAAAUGUGGACAGUGCGUGUGUGGACCUCUGCGGUUGGAAUCAUAGAGUUAGUUUGAACUGGAAAUUUGAUGAAAGCUAGGAAAAAUACAGCUGAAUUUUGUAGUGUUUUGUUGUUGUUGUUGGAAAUCCAAAGAAUGACUUUAACAAUAUUGUUUGAUGUACGGCAAUUGGACAUUCAAUCAAAUAUAUGAGCUGAAAAUCAUCUCUUGGAUGUGCCUACCACACACACACACACACACAUUUUGUUUAUAACUUCAGCACUCUUGCACUUAUUAUUGGCCUUUUCAUUCAAAAAGAUUCAGUCAACCAACUCGAACGAUUCAUGUGCGAGAGAGAAAGAGAUUACUUGUUAAACCACCCGAUUGCUGAAAAUGUGUGAACGAAGACGAAUCAAUAAAUAAUAUUUACAAAUUCGAUGCUACUUA